GUGUUUUUCUCUCUCGCUCUCUAACAUUUUUAACUUCAACUAACACUUACGACACGAAGAAAACCAGAUAAAUCACCCCUAACACCCCGGUGGGAGUCAUGGGGAGUGUGUUCCUGCCAGCGAACGCAGCCCACUCGGUGCUGAAGCGGCUGCGGAGGGCCAACUCCCUUUUAGAGGAGAURAAGCUGGGCAACAUCCAGAGAGAGUGCCGGGAGGAGGUCUGCACCUACGAGGAGGCCCGGGAAGCCUUUGAGAACGACGAGAAGACGAAGCGCUUUUGGGAGGAGUACGUCCGUGAAAGUAGUCCACCCGGCGGGCUGAAUUCGAUGGUCGGCGGCGCUCAGUCUCUCUACGUGAUUGUGCCGUUGGUGCUGGUCGGGCUCAUCAUUGCCGUCAUCGCCAUCACCGCGUGGCRCUGCCACUCCCGCAAACGCUCGCAGCGCAGCCCGGGCCUGGGACACUCGCACCACAGCCACGUCCUGUCGGUGGUCUCCAUGGACCAGUGGGGGAGGGAUUACCACCACGGUGACCAAUCUGAACUCAGCAUCCACAGCAGCCCAGCCUAUCCGGGCUCUGAGAUCACAUCAGCGAGGGGAGGCGCAGGAGAUCCACCGCCAUCUUAUGAAGAGGCCGUGGGACAUACAGAUGUCCAGAUAGAGACGGAGCCUCCUCCCCAGUACGAGGAUAUAAUGAACACCAGCUCCAGUAGAAUUACCAGCGGACAAAGGAAGUAAAUGUUUUUUUUCCUCCACUACCACCCAAACUAAAGUCUAUCAAUGCUACUACUGUGGUAUCACCAGCCUUCCUCGUUCAACAUGCACAACAAAAACACAAUAAUUGCCAUUUCGGUGGACUAAUGCAAUCUUCGCUGUAACCAGCCCUGCUGAGAUUUGCACUAACCUUUUUAUCACUGAAGUGAAGCAAUGGCAAGAAGGAUAAGCUUGUACUGGAGUACCAGCCAACACCUCAGCUCCAUUUCUUCGAGUUGGGUACUUACCUUUCAGUCAGCACACACGGUAAAUAUUGCAUGAGGUGUGAAGGAAAAAAGGGUUUUUGUUUCCGUGUUAAAGGGACAACCAUUCGAACUGGACUGUCUAUGGGGUUUGGAUUGAUGCUUGUUUGUAAAUUAGUGCCAAUUUUUUUUAACUCAUUUGGCUAACGUCAAUUUUGUAUCUUAAUUUUUAACAUCUUUAACCGUAGCUUUGGUUUUUGUCAACCUAUUUAAGAUUUUGAAAGUUUAUUGCAGUUCUAUUUUUUAAACUUCUGAAACUUCCAUUUGUUCCCGAACCUCCCGCUGAACCAGCAGGUCUGAUAGAAAUUCAGAAUUUGGCCGUUUGCUUGUUGUGACAGUAGAAGUUGAUGCCAAAUGUUCAAAGUUGUGUAAAGUUGGAGAGCUUGUGAAUCUYCUCUAUGACCUCCUACAUUACCAUCAGCACUUCAAGUCAUUGUUGACAUAAAAACAAUGUCUGUUUAAACUAAGUUUCCAGACAUACAUUGGUUCAACUUUUUUUUUUGCUUGAAGUCGAGAGAUAUUGCCAGCAGAUGUUAAAAAAAUGUGUUGCUUAAGAUAUAAAAAUGAGCACUAUGGAAAUAAAUGUAAGGGAUGAUUCUGUACUAAAUGUCACUAUGGAUAAAGUUCAUGUUUAGCAUGUGUAUACCUCUACAUACUUAUAUAUGUGUAUAGAUUUUAUGUGUGAAACUCACAAUGAUUUUUUCCUGCAUAGGAAUUCAGUGAAURCAUUGACACUAAUGCAACCAAGGUUGUGACUACAUUAGGAAACCUUUUAAAGGUCAAACUGGUUCCUUUAAUAGGAAAGCCUGGUUUGACAACUUAAGCUUCGCUCUCAGCAGUCCCAAUGUCAGUGUAAUUCUGGGUGCUCUUAAUCAAUAUGCAAUAUUGUCUAAAUGCAUAACCUUUAAAACCUAAUUCACCCAUCGAACAAACUGAAAUCUCACUCAAUCGUUCUCUGCAAACACUUUGGGCACUGAUUAAUGGUGUAUUUGUGUGUUAACCUGUGAACCUCAUCMUUUACUUUGACACUGAACUGUGCUGGUACUCACUUUGGUUCAGUCAGUUAUUGUACUGUUACUUACAUCCUUUUUUUUUUUUACAAUGCCUUAUUAAACAAAACGCUAUACAAAAGUAAAUUUAAGGGAACUUGUUAUAAAAGUGUAAAAAAGCUUGAAUURUUUKUAAUAAAAUUUAAAAUGUGGUA